AUGUCCUUUGAAACUCAAAUUCCAAUCAAGUUAUCCCAAUUCCCCCCAGAGAUGCCAACUGGCAAAGCGUGCUCAGCUCUUACACCCAGUGAAAUAGUCAAGUUUUUAACUGAAGACUACCACCUUUGCAAACCUCAGUCAAAUGAUCUAUUCUGGGAAGCUGUUUGGCCUCGUUUGUUGGCAAGAGGUUGGCAUUCGCAGGAGCCUAACAAUCAUGUUUAUGCUGCUGUUUCCAUGUAUUCUUUCGUUUUUCUCAUGCUCGGCAUCAAGAAAUUUUCAAGAAGGAAAUUAGUGCAAGGCGAGCCAUAUUUUGAUUGUGUGGCUGAUGUCUUGAGCCAAUUUGCCAGAUAA